AUGGGUGUAUACCCUUUACCACCUCCACCACCUGAAGAUAUCCACCAGUAUGAGAACAUCAUACCCCAAAUAUAUAUGAGGAAUCCACCUCCUCCACCUAGGUUGAUCAUCAUAGGUUUUGACACUCCAGGAUNAAGAGUUCUGAUGAAGUUUUUCAGCGACGGUCGAAGCAGAGAUUCGUUGGACACCCAAAAAAGUAAAGAUAGCAAAACCUCAACGGCGUCAAAAACUGGUCAAAAAAGAAGGUGGUGGAAACCACGUAAAAGAAAGCAGAACACUAUAGAAGGAACCACAAGGAAAAACAUACUCGCCAAAAAAGUUGGAAGCGGCGAAGUGGUCAGAAGCAGGGAAGAAUUAGGAAGUAGGGAAGGAGUCGGAAGCAGAGAAGAAUUCGGGAGCAAGGAAGAAUUUGGAAGCAAGGAAGCAACUUUACACAGGGAGAAAAUCGGAAGCAUGGAAGGAGUUGGAAGCAGAGAAAUUGUUAGUUGGGAAGGGCGAGACAUGAGACAGAGUCCAGAAAACUAUCUCGACAUGAAGCCUAAGCAGAGAAAAACUCGCAAGGUGAAGAGUUUUUAG